AUGUCUCCCGACAAUAAUACUACCAUGGCACCUAUUUCAUCAGCAUUGAAGAUGGUACAUUAUGACACCACCGCUGAGGCGUCCAUAUGGGUGAAUUCCUUUAACACAAUAUUAUCGAACGGCAAUCACUCCGAUCUAUCAACGCUUUUCACCGGGGAGGGUUUCUGGCGCGACCACUUAGCCCUCUCCUGGGACUUCCACACCUUGCAAGGUCGCGAAAAGAUAAGGCAGUUUCUCGAGGCCCAUACGGAUGUCAAUGGUCGAUGCCAAUUGCACGAUAUUCAUCUGGAUGUGUCUUCUGCCCUUAGAUCCCCUCGCAAGACGCACCUUGACGCCCAUGGACAAGUACCUGGGAUCGAAGCCUUCAUUUUGAUUAACACUUCGGUCGGUACAGGCCGAGGUGUUUUGCGGCUCGCUCAUGAAAAUGGGGAGUGGAAGGCUUUCAGUCUCUACACCAGCCUGCGAAACGUGAAUGGCUUCGAAGAGAUGAUCUAUGAUCGUCGACCCAAGGGUGUGAAACAUGGGAGCACCGGCCCCCGUCAGAACUGGUCGGAGCGCCGGAAGAUUGAGUCCGAAUUCGAAGAGGCUGAACCCGCCGUCGUCAUAGUCGGUGCUGGCCAAGCUGGGCUCGGUCUCGCGGCACGGCUGAAGAUGAUGGGAAUUGAUGCACUGUUGAUCGAUGCGGAGAAUCGACUUGGAGAUAAUUGGCGAUCGAGAUAUCGUCACCUCGUUCUCCACGAUCCAGUGUGGUACAACCACUUGCCCUACAUCAACUUCCCUCCAAACUGGCCCAAGUUCACGCCGAAGGAUAAACUCGGUGAUUUCUUUGAGUCCUAUGCAAGCUUACUCGAAUUGAAUUUCUGGUGUAAAACCCAGAUCAAAGAAACCACGUGGAAUGAAACCAGUCGCUCGUGGUCUGUCAAGGUCAGGCGGACACGAGACGAUGGCAGUGAGGAGGAUCGUCUGUUACAUCCUCGUCAUCUGGUUCAAGCCACAGGACAUUCGGGUAAGAUGAAUUCCCCAUGGGAUCUGAAGGGUCUCUCUUCUUUCAAGGGAGACCGAAUCUGUCAUUCGUCUGAAUUCAAAGGAGCCACCCCUGUCGGCAAUGGCAAGACUGCCGUGGUUGUUGGUUCAUGCAGUUCCGGUCAUGAUAUCGCCCAGGACUUCUAUGAGAAUGGAUACCAAGUUACUAUGCUCCAACGCUCAUCCACUGUUGUUGUCUCUCCGGAGGCAAUCACAGAUGUCGCCUUGGCCGGACUGUACGAAGAGAAUGGCCCACCGGUUGAUGAUGCAGAUCUGCUUCUCUGGUCAACACCUACACCUGUUUUCCAAGAGCUCCACAAAGAUGUUGCCAGACGCCAGAAUGAACAUGAUCGAGUGCUGUUAGACGGAUUGAAACAGGCUGGUUUCUCCCUCGACCCGGGUCCGAACAAUGCGGGGAUGGUCUUCAAGUAUUUCAAAACUGGCGGAGGGUUUUACGUGAAUACUGGAGCAUCCCAGCUCAUUAUUGACGGCAAGAUUAAGGUGAAGCAGGGGCAGGAGAUAGAGGAGGUGUUGCCCCAUGGUGUUCGCCUGCAAGAUGGAACAGAACUUCCUGCCGAUGAAAUUGUGUUUGCAACAGGAUAUAAGGAUAUGCGGACGCAAACUCGUGAUAUUUUUGGCGAUGCAGUUGCCGACCAGGUCAAGGAUGUCUGGGGUCUUGAUGAGGAAGGAGAGAUAAAAACUAUGUGGAGGAACAGCGGCCAUCCUGGAUUCUGGUUUAUGGGGGGUAAUCUGGCUCUCUGUCGGUAUUAUUCGAGGCUUCUGGCCCUCCAAAUUGUAGCCAGCGAGAGUCAACUCUCCCAGAACAGGGGGUGA